AAAAUCGAGCAAUUCAGGUCCAAAUUUCACGAACACCCAAAUAGAUUUUCGUUCUUCUUUCAUCCGAUUUCCUAUUUAGAACCCUAAAAAUCUCCGAUUUUUACUGAAACUCAGAUCGAUUAUGGACCAAAACCCUAGGCCGACAGGCAUUCUUCAUUCCCUAGGCGAAGAAAUCAUCAGAAUCAUAACCCCAGUGUCAAUCUGCAUGUUCUUAGUGGUGAUUUUGGUCUCAAUAUUGGACACAAACUCAUCGAACUUCUCUUCAUUCAACACCAUAGCCACCAUAGCUUACGAUGAAAGCACAUCUGAUUCAGAAUGGGACAAAUUCAAAGGCGCCCUCUUGAACUCCCUUGUGUUUGUUGCUGUUGUAACAGUUGUCACCUUCCUAUUGGUGCUUCUUUUCUACUUUAGAUGCACAAAGUUUUUGAAAUACUACAUGGGUUUCUCAUCUUUUCUUGUUUUAGGGUUCAUGGGUGGUGAGAUUGGUCUUUUCUUGAUUCAGGUCUUCAAAAUUGCCAUUGAUUCAUUUACUUAUGUGUUGUUAUUGUUCAACUUCACAAUUGUUGGGGUUUUGGCGGUUUUCAUGUCGAAAAUCCCAAUCCUUGUGACUCAAUCUUAUAUGGUAAUUAUUGGGGUGUUGACUGCUUAUUGGUUCACUAUGUUGCCUGAAUGGACCACUUGGGUGCUUCUGGUUGCCAUGGCUUUGUAUGAUCUUGCUGCUGUUUUGUUACCUGGGGGUCCAUUGAGGUUAUUGGUCGAACUCGCUAUAUCGAGAGAUGAAGAUAUCCCAGCCCUUGUUUAUGAAGCUAGACCCAUAGUUGAUCCUAGGAGGAAUAGCAUUGUUCAAAGGAGGAUAUGGAGAAAUGUUGAUCUUGAAUCCACCGAAAGUAGCCAAAAUCAGAGAAUUAUAGCGAAUGCUGAAGAGGGUCAGAGAAUUAUAACAAAUGCUGAAGAGGGUCAGAGAAUUAUAGCGAAUGCUGAAGAGGGUCAUGAGCUAACUGCUCCAUUGAUUGAACGAAUUAGGGACCAUGGGCUUGUGGGUGAGAAUUUGGGUCUUGAGGGGAUUGGUUUGGGAUCCUCGGGUGCCAUCAAGCUUGGUUUGGGGGACUUUAUCUUCUAUAGUGUGUUGGUAGGAAGGGCUGCAAUGUAUGAUUACAUGACGGUUUACGCUUGUUAUCUUGCCAUCAUAGCCGGACUUGGUAUCACUCUUAUGCUUCUUGCUUUAUAUCAAAAAGCUUUGCCUGCCCUUCCCGUAUCUGUAUUGCUUGGGGUGUUGUUUUACGUCUUGACUCGCGUAUUUCUUGAAGAAUUCAUUGUACAAUGUUCUUCAAAUCUUUUGAUGUUUUAGUACCAUCAUUCAGUGUUGGAUUUCAUGUUUUAAAGAUCUUGGCAACUUGAUAUGUUGUUUGUUGUUAGCCUUUUGACUAAAUAUCAAAUCUGUAUAUGCCAUAGUUGCAAGUGUUGGUUCAUU